CCGAAACAAAUUCCGCUUGCUACAUUACCUAUCGAGUAAAAUGCACAUCGCUGACGAGAAUUGGCAGGCUCCUCCCCAAUUCAGCCGAGCGAUGUUGCUCCGGCUCCUGUAGCACUGGCAUUCGAUGGAUUCAGCCGGCUCAAAUGAUAACGACUUUCACUUGGCUCACGACCCUCUCUCGUUAAAAUAACUCGCACCAAAACAGGCAUAAUCAUCAUGGCUUGCCCCACCCACAUCCUCGUUACAGGCGCCACCGGCUUCAUCGGCGCGCAUGUUGUGGACAUGCUGCUUUCCCGUGGCUUUAGGGUAACUACUCGGUCCAAAGCCAAAGGCGAGGCCAUGUUGGCAGCUCGUCCUCGAGCCACCCAGGCAUCUCGUCUUGACUGUGUCGUCAUUGACGACUUUUUAGGGCCAGAGCUGGACCUUGCUUCAACGUUGAAAGGUGGCAUUGAUGCCAUCGUUCAUGUGGCCUCCCCUUUCACAUACGACACUCAAAAUAACGAGGCAGAGCUGAUACUACCUGCCAUCAACGGGGUCAAGGCUGUCUUGUCUGCGGCCGCGGAAGCACAAACGGUGAAACGGGUGGUGAUCACAUCAAGCUUCGCUGCAGUACUUGAUGUUGAGAGGGCGCGGAAGGCGUCUCAGUACUUUACCUACACGGCGGACGACUGGAACCCCCUUACGUACGAUGAAGCGGCCGAUCCAAAGACAAGCGCGGUGGUGGCAUAUCGAUGGAGCAAGAAGUUUGCCGAACUGGCGGCGUGGGAAUUUGUGAAUAAUUUCGAGUGUCGUGGGGGUGGGUUGAGUUUUGACUUGGUCACCUUGUGUCCCCCCAUGACGUUUGGGCCUGUGGUUCAUCCCGUGGUUGGUGGGCCUUUGGGGCUAAAUGAUAGCAACAGCCAGCUGUGGAAGGUUGCGAUUGCGAGCCAGCAAGGAAAUGAGCUUCCUGUCGCGAGAGUACCAUUCUGGGUUGAUGUAAGGGAUCUGGCGCAGGCGCACGUCGAAGCACUUCUUCGGCCAGAAGCAGGGGGCAAACGGUACCUGGUUUCUUCCCAGGAGAGAUUAACGUAUGAAAUGGCAGCCGAGAUCAUCGAGCACGAGUUUCCCAAUUUUGUGAGACCAGAGGGGGCGCCAGUGGUGGAGAGGCAGGUGGUCGACGAGAGCCAUAGUAUUGAUGGCGAGACAGCGGCGAGGGAGCUGGGCAUCUCAUAUCGCGCUUGUCGAGAGACAGUGGUGGACUUAAUGAGGCAGGUUGGUGCAAUGUAG